GAAAAUUCAGCAUCCAUCCGCAUCUCUCCUCUGGCAUAAAACACCCCUUCGGACCACGAAUUGAAGUGCGCUUCUUCCUGUUUCUCCUCUCCAUUUCUAUUUUUCUCACUGGCCUUUCUACAAACACAUGACAGCCGCUUCUAUUCUUCAUCAUCUCCCUCGCUUUUCCUGCUUCUUCCACUUCCCUCCUCCCCUUCCCGCCUUCCCCCGUAUCGGAUGCGUCUUCAGACGCAAUCUCCGCCAUACACCCACCUCAUUCAAUUGGAAGCCUUGCCGAACCUUCAGCAUCGUCGCUUCCGCCACAACAGAUUGGAAGAAUCAUGUUGAAGUGGUAGAAGAGAAAUAUGAUGUCAUUGUGGUAGGAGGAGGACAUGCAGGAUGUGAAGCUGCUCUUGCAUCUGCACGUCUUGGUGCAAAGACUCUCCUGCUCACACUAAAUCUUGAUCGUAUUGCAUGGCAGCCUUGCAAUCCUGCAGUGGGUGGCCCUGCAAAAUCUCAACUGGUACAUGAGGUAGAUGCACUGGGUGGUGAAAUUGGGAAAAUUGCUGAUAGGUGUUACUUACAAAAGCGUGUUCUUAACAGUUCAAAAGGCCCUGCUGUUCGAGCAUUGCGUGCUCAAACUGAUAAAAGGGAAUAUGCUUUAGAAAUGAAACGAGUUGUCGAAAGUACUCCAAAUCUUUCUAUUAGAGAGGCUAUGGUAACCGAGAUUUUGGUGGGCAAGAAUGACAAUGUGGAAGGUGUUCGGACAUUUUUUGGAGUGAAUUUUUUUGCUCCUUCUGUCAUACUCACAACAGGCACUUUUAUGAGUGGUAAAAUUUGGGUUGGAAGAGCAUCUAUGCCUGCGGGGAGAGCUGGUGAGUCAGCUUCUCAUGGACUCACAGAAAACCUACAACAUCUGGGGUUCGAAACUGAUCGGUUGAAGACUGGAACUCCUGCACGUGUUGACUACCGUAGUGUAGACUUCUCUGGAUUGGAACCUCAAUAUGGAGAUGAGGAGGUGGGCUGGUUUAGUUUUGAUCCCGACUUCCACAUAGAAAGAGAACAGAUGUGCUGCUACAUGACACGUACAACAAAAAGUACCCAUGAACUUAUUAAAGAGAACUUGCAUGAAACACCAACAUAUGGAGGUUGGGUUGAAGCUAAGGGCCCUAGAUACUGCCCAUCUAUUGAAGAUAAGAUAGUGAGGUUUCAAGAUAAAGAUUCCCAUCAAAUUUUUCUCGAACCUGAGGGUCGAAAUGUACCUGAACUUUAUGUGCAGGGGUUCUCGACAGGUUUACCUGAGAGGCUUCAGUUGGCUCUCUUGAGAACAUUACCUGGACUUGAGAAUUGUGCGAUGCUGAGGCCAGCUUAUGCUGUAGAGUAUGAUUUCUUGCCUGCUUAUCAGUGCUCCCGAUCUCUUAUGACAAAAAGAUUUGGAGGACUUUUCUUUUCUGGUCAGAUAAAUGGAACAACAGGUUAUGAAGAAGCUGCUGCUCAGGGUCUUAUUUCUGGUAUUAAUGCUGCAAGACAUUCAUGUGGGAAAUCCGUCGUCAUUCUUGAGAGGGAGAGCAGUUAUAUAGGGACUUUGAUUGACGAUCUUGUCACAAAGGACCUUCGGGAGCCUUACCGCAUGUUGACAAGCCGCUCAGAACACCGAUUACUUCUACGUUCUGAUAAUGCCGAUAGUCGCCUCACACCUUUGGGACGAGAGAUUGGUUUGAUAGAUGAUCGGCGGUGGAAACUAUACCAGGAUAAGCAAGCGCGAAUGUUAGAGGAAAAAAAGCGUCUAAAGGCUGUGCGCAUUUCAGGGGGAGAUUUGGCUGCGGACGUCACUCUGUUAUCUGGUCAACCAGUCAAGGAUUCUGCUACACUAGAGAGCCUUCUAAAGAAACCACAUACACAAUAUAAAGUUCUCGAUAAGCAUGGGUUUGGAAAUGAACAACUUUCAAGGGUGGAAAAAGAAUGUGUUGAGAUUGAUAUCAAGUAUGAGGGCUUCAUUUUGCGCCAACAGAGUCAACUCCAACAGAUUGUUCGUCAACAUCAUAGGCCGCUUCCAGAGGAUCUCGAUUACUAUGCCAUGACAACAUUAUCUUUGGAAGCACGUGAAAAACUUUCCAAGGUCCGACCACAAACCAUAGGUCAAGCGAGCAGAGUGGGCGGUGUUAGCCCAGCUGACAUCACGGCUCUUCUCAUUUGCCUUGAAGCAAACCGAAGAAAGGAGCAGGCGAGGAGAAGGCAUGAGAUGCUGACAUCUGUCAUGGCUGAUGCUGAUCAUGCCAAUCAACAGGUCUCAGAAGUUGUGGCUGUGCAAGGGACUAAUUCAUAAAUAUCUUUACAAUCUUUUGGCCCUUUUCUCUGUGUUUUUGCCAUGUUGUAAAUUUUUAUUGAGUAAACAUAUAUGGGUAAUGGCUGCGACCGUUUAAUGGAAAUUGCAGGACAUUCUGAUUCUUUCUUUCA